GUAAGCGUGCUUGGUACUUCUAUGACCAUUGCUGUAAAAGUCCCACUAUGUGCAAUUGUGGGACGAUACCAAUUGUUUUUGAAGAUGCUAAAUGAUGCAGGAAUUGGAAAGAAAGAACCUAUUGGAUUCUUCUAUGUGCUCUUUAAUCCUUGGGUACAAGGUGAUGAGGUAUUUCUGCCCACUGAAGAGGAAAGAGAAGAAUAUGUACUAAAUGAUACUGGACUAAUUUUAUAUGGCCAUGAACAAAUCAGAAACAGCAGACCAUGGGACUUUGGACAGUUUGAAGAGGACAUUUUGGAUAUAACACUUUAUCUUCUUGACCAGAGUUUAGACUUAAAAAGGGAUCCUGAUGGUGAGCUAUUAAAGCGAUCUGGAGCCCUACACGUUAGCAGAACAUUAUGUGCUAUGGUAAACCAUCACAAUGAGAAUACAGUUUUUGUAGGAAGCUGGAUUGGUGGCUUCAUCAAUUCUGUGGUUCCCUCAAGAUGGAAUGGGAGUGUUCAAGUUCUCCGGAGCUGGCGUCAGAAUGGACCAGUCCCCUUUGGACAGUGUUGGGUGUCUGCAGGAGUACUCUGCACAAUGCUCCGAUGUCUGGGCAUUCCAACUCGCCUUGUCACAAUAUUUGAUGCAGCUCGCAGAACUGAUGCACAGUUCUAUUCUACCCGUUUCUUUUUUGAAAAUGGAAUAUUCACAACACAAUGGUUUCCUUCUGUGUGGAAUUUCCACACAUUGAUUGAAGUCUGGAUAAGGAGAAAGGAACUAAACCGUCUUAACAGUGACUGGCAAGUCCUGGAUACAGAUUCAGGGGACUCUUCUAGAGUUAUAAAUCGCCUUGGACCUGCUUCCCUUCGGGCGAUUAGAGAUGGUGAUGUAGAGCUGGAUUAUGAUACAGCCUUUUUAUUCGCUGAACUUAACUGCCAAAUUUGUGAACAGAUUGAUUUAUCGAAACGAAACGCUUACACAAACAUUCACUCAGCUGGACAGUUCGUUGGCACUAAGGCCUUGGGUGCCUUGGCCAUUGUUGAUGUGACAGAUGCCCACAAAUAUCCUGAAGGGACUCAAAAUGCAAGAGAUAUAUUGACAAAGGCUCGGAAUACCAUGUUAAGAAAACCAUCCCUAAUGUCCUCAUCACGAGACCUUGUUAAGAAUCCCAGCAUUCGCGUCCCAAAACCAGACUUCACAGGUAGUUUUGAACAGGGUCAACCGUCACGAGUUGGAGAGGAUGUUGAUACCACCCUUAGCCUUAAAAACACAAAUGAUGAAGCAAAAGUUAUUCAAGUCAAUCUGGCGGUGUACACAAUGGCCUAUACAAAGAUACCUUUGAAAGAGAUCGUAAAAGAAUCCCUGUCUAUUAGUCUGGGACCUGAUGAAGAGAAAAAAAUACCAUAUACCAUAAAGUAUUCUCAAUAUAGAAAUGGUAUCUCGAAUGAUAACCUGAUCCAGUUUGUGGCAGUGUGCUUUGACAACAAAGAAGGGAGUUUAUUGACUCAUUCAGUGGCCACGCUGUUAAACCCACCCCUAUUGAUAAAGGUCUGUGGAAACCCCAUCUUCAAUGUGCCUUUACCUGUUGAGAUCCUAUUUUCCAACCCACUUGAAGAGGAUGUUGCAAAUUGUCAUCUUGUAGUGGAAGGCAGUGGUCUGCUGAGAAAACCAGUUGCAUUAUGUUUGCCGAUUGUGAAGUCCAAACAGACUUCUGUAACAAAGGUCAAUCUUCUCCCUUACAGAGCUGGUCCAAGAAUUCUCCUGGCGAAUUUCAACUCUGAUAAAUUCCAUGACAUUAAGGCAUACCAGGAAAUUACUAUACCUCCAUUACAUAUAAAUUAGAAGCAAUGUGUCACUAUGAUUGCAAAUUGAAAUUAGAUUCUUCCUUCAUCAAGGAUUAUGUUUACGAAUUUUCAAUUUUAAAACUACAUAUUUAAUGGAAGUUAUAGUGUAAUAACGGAAAUACAUUGAAAACUACUUCAGUAGACAUGAACGGUUAUACAAUGCCAUAUUUACCACUGAAAUAUUAAAAUUCUAAGUUUUUUGAUUUCCUUUUUUGAUUUCACUAGGACAUGGACAAUGCCUACUUUGUGUUCAAGAACAGUUCACAGGGAGUGCACCCAGGG